GGUUUUAAAAGAGAUCAAGACGGCUCGUGUUUCAGCAAGGCCAUAUGAUCAUAGUAUCAAUGGAUACAGUUAGAUGUGUUUAUCCUUUUUAAAAGAGUAUUGAUGAUGAAUUUAGGAGAUUAUAUUGGUGAUACAAGAACGGAUAGUCUACCAGCAGGAUUUUUAAAAUCAAUAAAGAUCAAAUACAGACACGAGGCAUCGCGAGUGUUCGCAGGGUUGCAACCGCAUUCGCGUCAAAAUGUUACCAAUGAAGAAUCUGGGAGCGCUGUAGAAGAAAAAGCACGCAGUAAAGAGGAUGGCAGAGAGAAAGAUGAUGAGCAUAAGCAAAAUAGUUUCAUGAAUUGGAGAGUCCCUUCUCGCUUACUGAACCUGGAUGGCGGCGAAAAAAUCAUAACCGAUGAAAAUAAGAGGAGUCCAAAUGCCGCUAGUGCAAGAAAUAUUUCAGAACGUGCAACAGCGCAAACCAUAAGAUCUCUGAGUUCUGUCAGCUUAAGCUCGAAUAUUAAGAGAGUCGACAGAAAACAAUCCGAAAACAAAGUUGAAAACAAAGUUAGCCAGAUAAAAGAAACAAAAACGAGGGGCAAUGGUAUGAAAAUAAAGGACGGGGAUCAUAGUAAACAUAGCAAACAUGAUGCAAAACAGGACGAGAAUGACGAUGAGAACAAUGUUACAACGGCCAAUUCGAAAAUCCUCAAACCGAUUACAUUAAAAUUAGGUAAGGAUCGUAUUGCAACCCCUAAAGAGAAAAGUCACAUGCCAAGCAAGACACAAUCCCACGAGAAUCCCCUACGAAAUUUUACGCAACGAAAGACCGAAGUAAUACUUGAUGAAAAUAAAGUAAAAAAUGAUGGAGGUCUUAAAUUACCUGAUAAAGUUUCAGGAAAAGUUUCAGAGUUUAAACUACAGACGACGACGGAUACAAAUUCUAAGAUGCAGGAAGAAAAUAACCAUAAUGAAGAUAAGAUACGAAAAGAAGGUACUGGAAUUGAUACAAAAGGAUGCACCAAAAGAUUCCUAAAAGAGACAAAGAUGAAAGGUUCUAUGUUAAAAUACAAGCAAAACAACCCGCAGAUUCAGGUAAAUAAUUCUGCACUACCAACGCUGAAUGCUGCAGAGAACAGAACAUCUGUAAAGCUAUCUCACACACCUGAGAGAAUGGAUAAGAUAUUUCAUUGGAUACAGAAAUCAAGUGGGAAAGAACGGGAAGUGGCAUUUAAUUUACUGUCUACGUUCAGCACUAGUGAGAAAUUUCAAACCAAAACAGCAAAGAAGAAGGAAAGAGUGAAAAUUACACUGCAAGUGUUGGAGAGGAGUAAAAUGCCCAAUUCCAUGGAACCAAUGCAACUAAAGACGUCGAAACGAGAUUCAACUGCAAUGAGACUUGAUCACAGAGAAAGCUAUAAUAGGCUUGUGAAACAAAGAGAGAAAGAAGAGAUGAAGACAUGGCAUCAUGUACCAUUGUACCAUCACAGUAAUACUAGUAACAGAAGCGCGCUGUUUCUCCAACCAUCAAAAAGAUAUCAAAGUCAUUUCUCAAUCCACCCAGAUUGGGGCCUUCAUUCACAAGCGAGAUUUACGAAGUCGAUAAAAACAUAGUGUACUUGUACAUAGUAACAUUAACUAAGUUGCAUGUUUUGGUUUAUUUCAACCUCUAAAACACACCAGUAUAUUGAGAAACUGUAGUUUAUUGUAGAGUCAGCAUCAAUUAACUUCCGAAGCUUGAAUUAUAAGUUCUGUAAAUGCAUCAAAUUCCAAAUUCAA